AUGGUGUCGACGUCUGUCAAAAGCGCCGCUCUCCCCGUCGAUCCUCGGGCGUCACUGCGCAACCUCCCACCUUGGCGCGCUGAACCUGUCGUCUUCAUCCCCGAAUCCCUUUUCGCGUCUUCUGGUCCUCCGCGAGACGCACGCUUUUGGAUUCAUUCGCUCUGCCCCUCCAUUCACGUUGAGGGAGUGCCCAUCAACAGCAAGAGGUCGCCUGUCUCUCCUUCCUUUGCCUGCAACCCUUACCCUUGUCGGCAGCAACCUUGGGUCUUACCAGGGUGCAUCAGCAUGAACAGCAGGUCCACUGUCUGA